GAGAAGUUGGAGCAGCGACUGGCUGCUCAACCUCCGGCGAUGGUCCUGGUGAAGACGCAUGAGUGGCAGCCUGGGUACAGCGAGUUCGUUCACCUGGCAAAAUACGUGGUGCUGACGCAUCGCGACCUCAGAGGCGUGAUCGCAUCGUAUCGGCGUGUGAAGUGGGAAGUGGCCAUUCCAGAUGCUUAUGUUUCCGAGCAUCUGGAGUGGUGCAAACGCUCCACUCUGGACCUCGCCUAUGAAGACAUCAUGCGCCAGGGAAAGGAUGUCCUCCGCACCCUGGCAUGCCACCUGCAGCUGGAGCUCGGCUUAGAGACCCUGACGAAGGUCCACGCGAUGCUGCGCGACCUGAAGCGAAGCCACUCUGGGAAUGCGGUCUGCCAGGUCACAAAGCUUUGGCCCGACCACCGAUCUUUGGACGCUCAGCGGCUGCAGGACCAAGCAGCAUGCACCAGUGAAGAGCUGAAUGGCCUGAGAGACUCCGGCUAU